AUGUCUACACGAGUGCAGCUGCCACCGCCCGCCACUCCGAUGGCAUCUUUCCGUUCUUCGUAUACCCACUCGAUGAUGCCGCCUGCACCAGCGCCCCAGGCAGCGACCCGGAAGCGGAAGCGACCUGCGCCGAACGUAGCGUUCCACUCUGUUAUCGAAGACGACGGCCGUGGCCACCAGCGCGAAGUGGUAGUGAUCGAAGACACACCGCCGCCCGCAGCGCCGGCGCAUGUUGCGUCGCCGUCGAGCACAGCUGCCACGGCCCAGUACGGCCACCAGUCUGCUUAUGCAACCCGGUAUGCGCUUGCCCACAGCUAUGUACCUCCGCCGCCCUCGUCUCAUGUCAGCUCCACCUCGCUUGCUCCGUCUCCCAUGCCCUUGCCGCCCCGCAGGACCCGCGCUCAGGUUGCCGCCGCCUCAGCCGCUUCCUCUUCUGCCAUUCCCCAGCUCAAUCCCCCCGCUACUAAGCGCAGGCGGAAGGACAAUACGGCCACCACUCCCGCUGGCUCGCUUUACGAGACCUCCCUUGCUCCGUCCGUUUCUGCCCUUCCUACCACCGGUCCGUCCUCAGCCGCUUUCGCUCGCAAGGCCCUUGCCAGCAAAGCAUAUCAAAAUGGCUUCAACGCCGGAACCACAUCCAUUAAACAAUGGCCUACAACGGUCCCUUCAGUCAGUACCGAAAGUGUUCGUGAUUCUCAUUCCUCCCAGGUCUCAAACCGUCCCCCUUCUACUGUCUGCGAUGACAAGGAAGGCCAUUACAUCAUCAAACAGGACGAUAUCAUCCACAGCCGAUACCGCGUGGUCCGAUUAUUGGGCCAAGGGACCUUUGGCAAGGUAGUGGAAGCCAUAGACAUGGUCCAUCCAUUAUAUUCCAGCAAUGGCGGCCGCAGCCACCUGCGUCCAAACACUGAUUAUCCCCCUAAUGCUGGCCGCGUCGCCAUCAAGAUUAUCCGUGCUGUUCCCAAGUAUCGCGAUGCCUCCAAGAUUGAAAUCCGCGUGCUUAAACGACUAAAAGAAUCUGAUCCCCAAAAUACGAGGCAAGUUCGUCCCGCACUGCGCUUGCGUCACACGUUCUUACCCCUUCCAACAGAAAUUGUAUUCAUUACCUUGAAACAUUCGACCAUCGCAACCACAUUUGAGAACCAAUUUACACCUUUCCCUCGAAGGCAUAUUCAGGAUUUCGCCCGCAGCUUGUUGGACAGCGUAGCUUUCCUGCAUGACUUGCAGCUAAUUCACACGGAUCUGAAACCUGAAAAUAUCCUCCUCGUAGAUAGUUCCUACGAUGCGCGUCCAAUGCCCCCCGGAUUAGGUCGACGCGGUCAGUCGAGGCAUAUCCUUCGCAAUACCUCGAUUCGCCUAAUCGACUUUGGUUCGGCUACAUUCUCCGACGAGUAUCACUCCACCGUCGUUUGUACGCGGCACUACCGGGCCCCAGAGAUCAUCUUGGGUCUCGGUUGGUCAUUCCCCUGUGAUGCAUUCUCACUCGGCUGCAUAUUGGUCGAGCUGUAUACGGGCGUCGCUUUGUUCCAGACACACGACAACCUUGAACAUCUCGCAAUGAUGGAGAAGGUCAUGGGAAAGAUGCCCGAGCGAUUGUGUAAACAAGGUCAACGAUACAAGCCCGAGUUCUUUACUACCACCAAGGGCGCCGUCAAGCUGAACUUUCCAAACCGAGGUGUAUCAGCUCAAAGCAAAAAGGAAGUCAAAGAGGUUAAAUCUCUACAUCAAAUUAUCCCAAACACCGAUAUUAUCAACCAAGACUUCCUUGACCUGGUCCAGAGGUUGCUGAACCCCGACCCUAACACCCGUAUCACUGUCCGCGAAGCCCUCAAACACCGCUACUUCUCGCAUGCCGUUCCGAUCGAAUGGUAA